AUGAAUAGUUUUAAAAAACUUUCUGAUUUGAGGGAUUCACUACCAAUUGAUUAUAAACCAAAUAUUCAAUUGUUAGAAACGCUCAUUGAUUAUGCUAAACCUGACUCCGAAUAUUUAGAUUCUUUAUUAUUUGAAUCACUUAUUUUAGCAUUGUUUACCACCAACUGUGGUUUAUCUGUGUUAAAUAUUAUAUCUACUCUAAAAUCUUUUACAAAUGAUAAGCAAAAAAAGAAUAAUCUAGUUCCAACCACUGCUACUGCCGCUGUCGAUAGCAAACACAAUAAAGAUGAAAAUUUGGACACUACAGUUAUUAGGAAUGCUACUGCUACACGUAAUAUUAUAGCUAAACCAAAUAUCUUAAAAAAACAGGCUCAUCAUCCAAAGCUACUAGAGAAAUGGAGAAAUGAUAAAAUAACUUUAUUGAAGUUUACCAAAUUUAUUUUAAAAAAUUCAAAUUUCCCAUUAAAUUACAAUGCGUUUUUUGAUCCUGUCAUGAAAUUACCAUUAGAAUUUUUAUUGCUAAACGAUAGAUUUUGUUCAAACGAUAAUAAUGCUACCAGCCAAAAAUUAUUUUCAAUUUAUAAUAAUACAUUACUGAUGGAUAAAAAUUACAAUUUAUUGUUAGACUACUUACAUGUAUCUACACCAUUAUUAAUCUCAUUAUUACACACAAACCUUGAUCCACUCUUAUUUAAUAACAUUAUUUCAAGUUACAAUAAAUCAUUCGAGCUAACUAAUGACAAUAAAUGUUUAUGGUAUGAUUUUAUCGAUUCUAAAGAUACAACUAAUUUUGGUACAAUCACAAAUUGUAUUGACAUUAUCAACAAUUUUUUGGAAAUAUUUGAUAUGCAUAAAAAUUUUACCUUAAAUGCAGAGAUUUCUAAUUCUUUGUUUAAUAUAUCAUCGUCAUCCACAACGAAGUCAAACAUGCAUAAUGAAAAUGAGGGAGCAGAUUUAAACCUUUUAAUGGAUGAAAAUUCAAUGGGAGAGCAUACUCUUUCCUUCAAUUUGUUUGAAAACAAUAUUAAUCAUGGUAUACUUCAUCCUGAUUUAAUGGCACACAUUUCCAAGAGACAUGACAUUUUAGCAAAAAUUUUGAAUGUUGGAGACAAUGAUAAAUAUUAUAAUUCUCCAUUAUUACAUUUACAAUUUAAAUUACUCUGUGCCUUAGUGGAUCCCUUGACACAACCUACGCCAAACCAUAAAAAUAUUAUAUCAAUUGACUUAUUAUUUCAGCUAUUCCUAGGUUUUCUUAAACCUGAAUUAGAUAGGUAUUCUUCUGCAGAGGAUGGUACAAAUUGGAAAUUCUUAGUGUGUUUUAAUAUGGAAAAAAUUAUUAAUUCAGUAAUGAAGAAAUUAAAUUGUGUUGAUUUUAAUACUUUAAACUCCAUCAAUAAUAGUGAUGAAUCCGUUCAUUGGAGAACGCAACUUCAUAAAUGGUUACCACGAGGCUUUAAUACUCAAGAUUUGGAAUUAUUAUAUAUGGUUAAUAUUUUGGCUACAUAUACAAUAUACAAAUUAAAUGAAGAUUUACCAAUCCAACUAAAUCCAUUUUUAUCUUCAAUGGUAUCUCACUGGAAGAACUUAUCAUGUACUAUCUUAUUAGGCCUUGAAAUUGAUCGAUUAGAAGAAGAAAAUGAAACUUUUGAUACUCCGUUAAUUGUGCGAGCAACGGUUCGUAGCUCAACUGCAUUAAGAUCAAUUAUUGCCACUAUUUUAAAUGAACAUGUCAAUGCCUUUGCUCAUGAUUUUAAACAUGAAUCAUUGAACACAUUUAUGUCACCUUAUGGUAGAAAACUGUGCAAUGGUGCACUUUAUACAGAUUUUAGAUCGCAUGCCUCUACGAUUUUAGCAUUAACUGGAGAUCUAGAGCACGUCACGCAACUAAUUUCAGAUUUACAGCCAGGUGAUCGAUUUGAUGAAGACGUUAAGUAUAUGUUUGAAUUUGAAGAUUAUAAUACAUUGCCCAAUGUUUUGGGUGGAGAGGAUGAUGAGACAUCUACAGAUACCCUUAAAAAUAGAGAAAUGCUGAAGGAGAUACAUAACGGUAAUUUUAUACCAGAUAAUGAAGAAAAUGAUGAAAGAGAAAUUAGAAAUUAUUUGGAACAAAAAUUACGUGAGAUGAAUUGCCAUAGGAGAUGUAAUUGUAUAUUUAGCGACGAUGAAAUUAAAGAUACAUCGAUUUCUGAUAAGAAUUACAUGGGUAAUAGUAGUAGUAAUGGCAUAGAAUCAAGGAUAGCAUUACUAUUGAAUAAUAACUCUUCUAGAAAGGGAGGUAAUGGAACAAAUUCAGAAGAUGAUGAAGAUGUAAUUAGGAAAAAUAUUGAGAAUUUAACAAAGGAUCAACUUUCUUCAACUGAAAUGGAGUCUUUACGUGUUACUGGUUUCAAUAAACCACAUGCAGUUAGGACAAGUAAUUUAAAUAAUAAUCCAUCUUCAGUUAAUAACAAAAACAAUCAGAAUAUAUUUGAUUUUGAUUAUAAUGGUAAAGAUUGGAGAGAUACCCCUCGCGGGAUGAAUUUAUAUUACAAUUUGAAUUAUGAAUUUAUUGAAAAGCCUAAUCUUGAUCUUGUUUUCCAAUUAACGUUAAAAGCAACAAAUAUGAAGUUAGAUAAAGAUGAUUCCAAUUUAUUACUAAGAUUAGUUGCAUCAUCCGUUAAGAAUGAGCAAGAUCGAAUUAUUUUUUCAGAUAAUCAAGUUAGUAAAGAAGUGAAAGAAAUUAUGGAACAAAAUGAAGACGGAGUUGAAAAUGAAAAAUUACCUCACAAUAAAAACAGGAUAGAAAAUGGUAAUGAAAAAGAAAUUAUCACUGAGAUUACACCAGAUGAUAUAUAUGAAAUAUGGUGUGAAGAAUCUGCAUUUGAAAGAAUGAUGCAAUUGAAUUAUGAAGUUACUUUUCGAUUAAUGGAUGAAAUGCUUAUGUGUUAUGGAUAUAGAAGGGUGUUAAUUUGGUUUAUCACUCAUUUAGAAUUGAGCCAUUCAGUAAUUCACUAUAUAUUUGAAUUAGUAAUGGGGUUUCGUGGUACAUCUGAAGAAAAUGGUGCUACAGAAGAUAAACAUACCAAUACUAAGGGCAAUGUGAAUGAGCUUGAGAAUAAAAAUGAAAAUGAGUUAGUUAAUAUGUUAUUAAAUGACUAUUCAAAAAUAUUUGAUUUACAAUUGCCAUUUUCUAGACAAGGAAAUAUUGAAUUAUCAGAAAUUGAGAGAAAAAUGUUAAUUCAAGAAUUUCUAACCAAUGCAGCCAUCCAUUUCAAUGAAAGGAAUAAUUUAAAACAUAAUCCGAAUAGUAAUGACAAUAGCAAUUCAAAUGAAGACAACAUAAAUAAGGAUGAAGAUGAAGAUGAAAUUUCAUUAUAUUCUAUUGGGUUAAUGCGAUUAAUAUGUUUUAUGAUCCAAGCAUUUCUUGAUAAUAAUAAAUUAAAGAUUGAAGUUGAUGAUAGUAUAUUUGAAUUACAAACGUUAUUAAUGAAUUGGAUAACAAUUAUACCUGAAGCCAAGAAAUUAUUUUUCCAAAUUAAAGAUAUUAUAUCAAAUAACCAAAUAGAUAAUAAUAAUUUUAAUAAUAACUUGAUAUUAGAUCUCGAUCAAGACAAUAAUACUAUUGAAAAUCAAACCUCCAAAGACAACAAUGAUAAAAUGGACGAGAGUUCCAAGGUUGAUUCUAAUUCUUCAUUUAACAAAAAAUUGAUUGAAUUAUUCCCCAAGAUGUCGCAUACUAAUAAAGAAGAAAAUACUGCUAUUGAUACAUUAAAGAACUAUUUGAAAAAAUUCCGAUUUCAUCAAGAAGUUCCAAUCAUUGGACGUAAAGUAAUCUACGAGGAUGGUAAGAUUCUUAAGAUUCCUAUCAAUAUCAUCGAUGAAUAUAAUCAAUGGAAUGAUCAAAUAUAUGAUUACAAUGAUACAGCUAGCGAUGUCGAGAUGUAA